AUGAUGUUUUGGACUGCUUCUCUGCUCCUGGUGAUCCCAGUUGUCACAGCCCAGUCUCCAGUUUACGGUCAAUGUGGCGGUAACGGCUGGUCUGGAGCUACGACUUGUGCUUCUGGGUCGUGUUGCACCUACAGCAAUGAUUGGUAUUCGCAGUGCCUUCCAUGUUCAGGUGGUGGUGGUGGUGGUACAUCGACUACCUUGACGACUACCACUAAAACUUCUUCCACCACCUCCUCUACUUCCACUGGUGCUAGUAACCCUACCACCUGUCCCCUCCCGGCUCAGUACAAAUGGACGUCGACCGGUCCACUGGCAAACCCAGCGUCAGGCUUACUCUCUCUCAAAGACUUCAGCCAUGUGCCCUACAACGGGCAGCACCUCGUGUAUUCCUCCGACGUAAAUUCCGGUGGGAACUAUGGCUCUUUGAACUUUGCUCUAUUCUCAAAUUGGUCCCAAAUGGCCUCUGCUUCUCAGAGCCAAAUGAGUCAGGGAGCCGUAGCACCCGAUCUCUUUUACUUCGCCCCGAAAAAAAUCUGGGUCAUGGGUUAUGAGUGGUGUGCAUCGGCAUUCUGCUAUUUAACGUCUAGCGAUCCUACCAAUGCGAAUGGAUGGUCUUCAGCCAAGCCGCUGUAUGAAGGGUCCUUGUCUGGUGGAAAUGGGCCUAUCGACCCGGCUAUUAUCGGUGAUGAUGAAAAUAUGUAUCUCUUUUUCGCUGGAGAUAACGGCAAUAUUUAUCGGACUUCGAUGCCAAUCGGUAACUUCCCGGCUAGUUUUGGCUCGUCCGCCCAGACCAUCUUGACCGACUCGACAUAUAACCUCUUUGAAGCUGUGCAGGUCUAUUCUGUCCAAGGUCAGAAUUUAUAUCUGAUGAUCGUCGAAUGUAUCGGUGCAAGUGGUAGUCGAUAUUUCCGUUCUUUCACGGCUACCAGUCUCGGCGGCUCGUGGACACCUCAGGCCAGCACCGAGUCGAAUCCUUUUGCUGGUGCUGCUAAUAGUGGCGCCACCUGGUCCCAGGAUAUUAGCAGCGGUGACCUCAUCCGUAGCAGCGCGGAUCAGACGAAGCCUGUCGACCCUUGCAAUCUCCAAUUGCUAUAUCAGGGAAGAGACCCGAGUUCCAACGGGGGGAGUUACAAUAACCUGCCCUACCGUCCGGGUCUGUUGACGCUGGCAAAGUAG